AUGGGUGGCCUGGUGGACGGUUCUACAGUUAAAGGUGAUUUGUGGAUGAUUGAAAACAACGGGAACAAUUCCACUUGUUUUCCAAUCUCCCCGGUCACUGAAGGCCCAGGCCCAAGAGUUGGACAUGCUAGUUUACUAGUAGGAAAUGCUUUGAUUGUUUAUGGAGGUGAUACGAAGAUUCAUGAUAAUGAUACCCUUGAUGAUACCUUGUAUUUCCUCAACACCUCUUCUCGACAAUGGUCUUGUGCCGCCUCUCCGGGCCCUCGACCGCCUGGCAGAUAUGGUCAUUCAUUGAACCUGCUUGGGUCCAAGAUUUAUGUUUUUGGUGGUCAGGUGGAGGGGUUCUUCUUUAAUGAUUUGCUUGCAUUCGAUCUCAAUGCCAUGAACAACCCGGGCAAUAAGUGGGAGUUUCUUAUUAGAAAUAGCCAUGAUGAUGGCCCUCCUGUUGGGCAGGUUCCUCCAGCGCGAACUAACCACACAAUGGUUACGUUUAAUGACAAGCUUUACCUGUUUGGAGGUACAAACGGAGUUCAAUGGUUUAAUGAUGUUUGGUCCUAUGACCCAAGAGGCAACUCCUGGACACAGAUUGAUUACGUCGGAUUUACCCCGACACCAAGAGAGGGCCAUGCAGCUACAUUAGUCGGCGACGUCAUGUACGUUUUUGGUGGACGAACAGAGGAAGGUGUUGAUCUUGGAGACUUGAUUGCAUUCCGCAUUUCAAUCCGGCGAUGGUACUCUUUUCACAACAUGGGUCUUGCGCCCUCGCCACGAUCAGGCCACAGCAUGACCACCCUUGGUAAAAACAUUAUAGUCCUUGCUGGAGAGCCAAGCUCUGCACCUCGCGACCCGAUGGAACUCGGCCUGGUGUAUGUUUUGGAUACUACUAAAAUUCGAUACCCUAAUGAGCAACCUACCUCUCCGACUGGAGAGCGACCCCCUCGAAGAAUUGCGCAGAAUGAAAGGCCGGCCGGCCAAUCUGGCCGUACGUCUCGCGAGGCUCAGCAUGUUAUUCCUGAUGCUCAGCGCCGGGGACCACCUGGUCCAGCUAGGGACCCUAAUGGAAGCCCAGCGGGUAGCUCCAGGCUACCAAGAGCUUCAAUUGCGCAAACCCCUGCCGGGCCACCUCCAUCAGGCCAAGCACCCCACCCGAGAUCAAAUGCAGUUCCUCCUCAACAGGCUAAAAAGCAGCAACCGCAGCAGCAGCAGCAGCAACAGCAACAACAACAGCAGCAACAACAGCAGCAACAACAGCAGCAACAACAGCAGCAACAACAACAGCAACAACAGCAGCAGCAGCAGCAACAACAACAACCUGGAAAAGCUGAUAGGAACAUUUCUUCCUCCUCGGAACACAUCAGAUCUGACAAAGACCGGCAACAAUCCGGAAGUCGGGAUAUAUCAGCUCAUGGUAGUAACAGAGGCGUUCGGGAACCCAGCCCAAUGACUACGGCUGUUCGCCAACAACACUCAUCAUCACGACUGUCAGCACGUGCAAUGGAAGCUGGAGAGGCUGCCCCUUUGGUAACCCCUGCGCGGCAGCGAUCACUUAGGCAGCAACGACAGCAAAACUCUGUAGACAGCGUGGACGAUUCAAUACUGGCAUCUGAAAAUCGAACUUACAGAAAUUCUAGAAAUCUAGCUGAUGAGCCACGUUCGCCGCGUUUGACAGCGCACCAGGAAGCAUUGAUAAAGGAGUUGGAGACCAUGAAAACCAAGAAUGCAUGGUAUAUGUCUGAACUUGCACUGGCUCGCAAAGCAGGCUACACCCCAUCAUCCAAUUCUGGUAGUUUUGAAGAACGGUCAGUGGACUCCUUUAAUGAAGGAGAUCGCCCGUUGGUUGAAAUGUUGCUUGCUAUGAAGACGGAGCUUGCAAAGAUGCAGGCCAACGUUGAUCGCCAAGCUGGAAUUGCUUCAAAGCGAGUUGCAGAGGUCGAGCAUCAGCGAGAUAUUGCUUUGAACGAGGCAGCUUAUGCUCGUGCGAGGCUUGCUGCACAUGGCGGUGGCGGCAGUAGCCAAGGCGGUACUCCAAUGUCUGAUAGUGGCCGUGAUCUCGACGAUUCCAACUCCCAGCGCACAGCUGAAAUCACUCGUCGUCUUGCUCUUUCCAUAACUGUGCAAAAUGAAUUGAAAGCCAAAGUUGAGUCGUUGUCAUUGGAGUUGCAAGAGGAAAGGCGAGCGAAAGAGCUGGCAGAAGAGCUUCAUGAGAUGACAAAUAAGAGGUUAACAGAGCUGGAGCUCCAGAAUAACCCUCUCGAGUUAGAGAGUAUGCGUGUUGAACUACAUCAGCUGCAAUCCUCAUACCGGGAGGAGGCUGCUGCACGCUCCGAGGCAGAGGCGGCUCUGAAGAUGCUCCAGGUUGACUAUGCCGAAUUAGCUGAUAAGCACGAAGAUGUCACUAGCCGUAUAGAGAGCCAUGGAUUGAACAUUGUUUCCCUGAGGGAUGCCGUGCAAGCGUCCGUCACCAAGGCAGAGCUCAUGGAACGAAAACUCGAAGAGGAACGCCAUCACCGUGAUAUUGUUGAGAGGAAACUACUACAGUUGAGAGCAGAACAUGAGGAACGGACCGCAGAGCUAGAAAAUACCGCAAGACGACUUAAGGAAGCGGAGGAGCUUGCUGAUACUCAUGCUAAGGAAGCUGAGAGCCACAAGAUCGCCCUAUUAUCUGGAUUUGAUCGUGUGACUUCGCGUGGUUCUGAAAAGAAUAACUCCUUGACCGAUCAGCGUGUCACUGUUCUUCAGUCCCAGGUUGAACGUGCCAAUGAGUUGGUAAAGACAAGCCAACAAGCAGCGGAUUCCGCUGCUGAGAAGUUACGUCGUGCUGAAGAGCGUAUUGCUGGUCUAGAAGCCUAUCAGGAGCAGAGCAGUAGGGAAGGAUUACAACUCCGAAGACAGCUCCAGGCAGCCUUGAAGGAGAAUCAAACGCUCAAUGCUGAGAACCGAGAGGUGAAAGCCCAACUCGAGAAUCAGCAACGUGACACCAACGCACUGGCUAUCCAACAUGGAGCCCUUAAGGAUCUACUUGCUGAGCGUGGCGUGAACAUGUCCGAUAGCAGACGUUCUCCGCUCCUGGAUUCGCCCGGAUCACGUUACGGAACGCCUGAGCAAAACCGCCUACGCGAGCUAGAGCAGCAGCUGCAGUCUAGUUUGAAGGCACACGAAGAAACCAAGUCCAGCUUUGAAUUCCGAGAGCAAGAGGUUGGUCGCGCAUACAAUGAGAAACUAGAGCAGCUCGAGAACGAUUAUCAAUCUGCAGUUCAUUAUGUUAAAGGAACAGAAAAGAUGCUGAAACGCAUGAAAGAUGAGCUGGCGAAAUAUAAAUCACAAACAGCUAAACUUCAGGCUGAGCUGGCAGAAGUGUCGAAUAACCCAGACGGAGGUGCCUCGCGAGAGGCACCGGCGGAGUGGACAACAGAACGUGACACAUUACACCAGUCUAUCUCUGAACUACAAGCGUCUACUGCUGCAUCUAUCUCGUCUCUCGAGACCAAACUCUUAACCGUCCAAGCAGAACUCUCAUCCGUCCAAAAGAAGUAUGACGAAUCGUGCACAGAACAGGAAGCGCUACAGGCCGAGCUCUCUAGUAUCACGGAAAAGAACCAUCGUGAUCUCGAACAGCUCAAGAGGGAGAAUGCCCUUCUUGAAUCUCGUGCUAUGGACGCGGAGAAGAAAGUCUCUAUGCUUCUCGACCAAGUCGAAUCAUCUGUUACUAACUACCGUCGACAAUCCCAGCAAGUAUCCAGCGGAAUGAACUCCAACGGUGCCAAUCUAAGCCGCACAGGUAGCAAUGCAUCUAGUGCAAUGAAUGCCAACGCCAACCGGUCGCGAGCGGGCAGCAACGUCUCGCAGGACGAUACACUCUUGAACCAUCGCGGUUCCUUGGCUUUGGACUCUCUCGCCAACGAGCUCGAUGCUCUUCGUAGUCACUGGGAGACCACCAACCGCAGCUAUAGGAUAAGCACGCAGUUUGAUUUUGAUCAGACGCCUACUAAGGAGACUUACAGCGAAGGACUAAGUGACAGUCUUGCGAACUGGAGGCGUCGGUUGGAUGAGGAAGAAGCCCGUGCCGACAAUCCAAGUCCGAGCCAGUCUUCGACCAUGCCGUCAACCAAUACUGUCCAUCCUGUUGCCGCAGGAAAUAUGAUAUGA